CAGCUCUUUUGCCCUGGCUCCUACCCUCGCGUAUCCCUUGAUAGGAAUCUUACCCUCGACGCCUGUCCCCACCUCCACCCUGCACAAGUGCCUGACCUCGUCUCAGCGCGCUAUCACUACCAAACCACGCUCGUUGAGAAAGUGCAAUUGCACGCACGCCUAACAGCGCCUCCCGAGGCUCGCAUGGAACCUCUGUAACACUCGCCGAAACACCGACCGCGCACAUAAAGCUACGGGCCUGCGUAUGCGCAAACCUUCACCAUGCCCCUCGGUUUCGAGCGCAUCAAUGAGCGCACUCAGCGCCCAAAUGCGCACAUUAACUUCAUUCGGCCGUUACCUGGACCGACCGCAAAGACUGCCGAGGAAAUCCUCAGCCGGGUCGCUGCCGUGUGCUACCCAUUCAUGAAGUCGAACAUGGUCCUUGUCCAAGCUCUCGAGGAGUUUCCCUUCAACCGCGAGUUCGUCGGCCGCAACUUCAACGCCGGCGAGGUCAUACAACUCGUCCUCCGCGAUCGGACCGGCAUGUGGCUACCGCAGCGGAUGAUCGAGAUGGUCAUGGUCCACGAGCUUGCACACUGCAAGCAGAUGAACCAUUCGCCCGCUUUCUGGAAGGUGCGGAACGCCUACGCGGAGGAUCUGAGGGCGCUGUGGGCGAAGGGAUACAAGGGCGAGGGCAUGUGGGGACGCGGCAGGAAUCUGGACACGGGGUCCUUGCAGCAGGAGGAUAGGGACCCCAGCGACAUGCCCGAGCACGUCUGCGGCGGCACAUACGGUCGGCGUUCCUCUAAGAAGAGACGACGCGGCGGCGACACCAAGCAGACUUUGACGUAUGCGGAGCGUAAGCAGCGCCGGAUCUUGAAGAAGUUUGGCGCAGGCGGCCAAUCUUUGGGGUCGGAUGAGGACACCAAGGUCAAGCUCGAAGGUGGCGUUGCGAAGAAAGGCAAGCCUCGAGUGGCCGGUAGUGCCCGCGGUCGAGAACUUCGCGCUGCGGCAGCACUGGCGCGAUUCGAUACAGCCAAGAAGGAGCCAGUCGAAGUGAAGAACGAAGAGACUCCCUCGGAUAGCGAGACAGAAGACGACGAGAUUGAGUUUGUCGAGGGCGGUGCGGCCAUCGACGUGGACGGUAAAGAGAUGACCGAUGACAAGGGCCGCGCCCUCGUCAAGAUCUGCGAGGACGAAGACACAAAAGACGGCAAUUCCCAGCGCGAGAUGGACGAGCUGCAAGGUUUGAACCAGCCGAAGCCAAAGCUUAAGCCGUCUACAGACUCAUCAUUCACCGCAGCGAAGGAUUCUCGCUCCUCGGUACAUUCCACAGAAACCCCAAAGCCGUUGCCUGCCAAAUCAAACGCCGCCUUAAGCAACUCCACCAACACAAAGUCGUCCGCGCAGGUCAUCCACAUCGACGAGAUAUACAAGCGUCGCCCGGCACAAUCUCCGGAACGUCGCCCUGCGCUCGCGACCACCACGUGCACGGUGUGCUCGCUUGAAAACGAAAUUGGCUCUUUCACGUGCAUGGCGUGCGCCCACGUUCUGAACCCUCAUAUGGAUCCACAUCAAUGGAGCUGUAAAAGUACCGCGUGUAAAGGCAGCCAGUAUGUCAACGCCGGCGAUGUAGGUCGGUGCGGGGUUUGCGGCGCUUCAAAGUAGCGAAGUGAGUGGUCUGGAUGAGACGAGAGUUUUAUACCCAAUGUGAGCA